AUGGACGCCUCAAAGCUAUUUGACGGCGCUGUGGGCUUGGCCGAUGUGCCCGAUCUCGUCUCUGCCAUGGUGGAUGUGGUGAAGUCGAUCUCCGAGGCCGUGGGCAGUCUUGAUGCCGCCAAGGAUGUUGUCAGCAAACAACGCAAGCCCAAGAGCUGGUACGUGGCGCUGCGCUACAGCGACAUGCUGAUCCAGAACAGGGCCUUUGCAAGCCUCAAGUUGUUUUUGGACAAAGUGCCCUGCCGCCAAGACAUUGAUUUUCUCUGUGGCCUAGCGGCCCAGCUGUUUUACGCGAGUGCAAGUCUUCGAAAGCAUUACCUUGCUCGUGACGAGCACCUUUAA